AAAAUGCUUUCCUUUUGGCUUUGUAUAUUAAAGGAAUAGGAUUUUGAUUAUAUAAAGGACUUAGAAAAUGUAUAAUUCUUCACUCAGUCAGAUGUUUAUCGUAAUGGUCAUGUUAUUGCUGAUAAGCCAUACUGCUACUUUACCUGACUUUCGACGACCUACAAAAGUGACCACUAGAUGUUGUGAAUCUAUUUCGUCAGCAAAGAUUCCAUACAAAAUUGUCGGUUUUCAAAGACAAAAUCCACUUGGUCCAUGUGUAAGUGCCAUCAUAUUCUUCACAGAAGGUAAUGGAGCCAUUUGUGUACACCCAAAAGCUCCUUGGGUAUUGAGACAGCUGAGAGAACUUGAAAAACCUGCAUCAAAUUAAUGAAGCUAAGAUGCCCUACUAUGAAGCAAUCGUAUACAAUCCACAAUCAAGAUUAAAAUAGUAUUAAUUAUCUUCUAAUCUUUAUCUGUUUGAAAUUAUAUUCCACACUCUGUUCACUAAUGUAAUACUUGCCAAAUAAAUACAUCUUAAUGCCUUAAA